AUGGUAAAACUCGCCAACCCGCUGUAUACAGAGUGGAUUUUGGAGGCAAUCAAAAAGGUAAAGAAGCAGAAACAGCGUCCUUCAGAGGAGAGGAUAUGCAAUGCAGUGUCGUCUUCACACGGUUUGGACCGCAAAACUGUUCUGGAACAGUUAGAGUUGAGCGUUAAAGAUGGAACUAUUUUAAAAGUCUCCAACAAGGGUCUCAACUCCUACAAGGAUCCUGAUAAUCCUGGGAGAAUAGCACUUCCGAAGCCUCGGAACCAUGGCAAGUUGGAUGGUAAACCAAAUGUGGACUGGAAUAAACUUAUCAAACGGGCAAUUGAGGGCUUGGCUGAGUCUAGUGGGUCAUCCUUAAAGAACAUCGAGCGCUUUCUGAAAGGUCAGAAAGAUGUGUCUGCAUUAUUUGGAGGCAGUGCUGCCUCCAUUUUUCACCAGCAAUUACGAUUAGCUGUCAAACGUGCUGUUGGCCAUGGUAGGCUCCUUAAAGAUGGACCUCUGUACCAACUCAACACUAAAGCAACCACUAAUGCUGAUGGGAAGGAGAGCUUUGAGUCUCUUUCCUGUCUCCCUCCAGUGUGUCUCCUUCCCCAUGAAAAGGAUAAGCCAGUUGCUGAACCAAUUCCAAUCUGCAGUUUCUGCCUUGGUACAAAAGAGCAAAAUCGGGAGAAGAAACCUGAAGAGCUCAUCUCUUGUGCUGACUGUGGCAACAGUGGUCAUCCGUCCUGUUUGAAGUUCUCUCCAGAGUUGACAGUUCGAGUGAAAGCCUUGCGAUGGCAGUGCAUUGAGUGCAAAACAUGCAGUUCCUGUCGAGAUCAGGGCAAAAAUGCCGAUAACAUGCUAUUUUGUGACUCAUGUGACCGUGGCUUUCACAUGGAGUGCUGUGACCCCCCUCUCACCAGGAUGCCAAAAGGUAUGUGGAUAUGUCAGAUAUGUCGGCCACGGAAAAAAGGAAGAAAACUUCUACACAAGAAGGCUGCACAGAUAAAACGACGCUAUGCUAACCCAAUAGGACGUCCCAAAAACAGGUUAAAGAAUCAAAAUACAACAUCAAAAGGCCCUUUCAGCAAGGUUCGAACUGGCCCUGGUCGGGGUCGGAAGCGCAAGAUCGCUCUGUCUAGCCAGUCACCAUCAUCAGAAGGAUACCUGGAGCAGACAGAUGUCUUGGACUUCUGCAGAGAUGGCAGCACCACCUUGAAGUUUAACAAGAAAACCAAAGGGCUCAUAGAUGGCCUUACCAAGUUCUUCACUCCUUCCCCUGAUGGAAGAAAAGCUCGAGGGGAGGUGGUAGACUAUUCCCAGCAGUAUAGGAUCAGGAAAAAGGGUAACAGGAAAUCCAGCACUUCAGAAUGGCCCACAGACAAUCAGGAUGGCUGGGAUGGAAAACAGGAAAAUGAGGAGCGUUUUUUUGGGAGCCCGGACAUCUUAACUGAAAAAGACAUGGAGUUGUUUAGAGAUAUUCAGGAACAAGCACUGCAGAAAGUAGGGGUGACUGGGCCUCCUGAUCCACAAGUCCGGUGCCCUUCUGUCAUCGAAUUUGGCAAGUAUGAAAUACAGACCUGGUACUCAUCUCCAUAUCCACAGGAAUACUCGAGGCUACCCAAGUUGUACCUUUGUGAAUUCUGUCUAAAGUAUAUGAAAAGCAGAACUAUUCUCCAACAGCACAUGAAAAAAUGUGGCUGGUUUCACCCUCCGGCCAAUGAAAUCUACAGAAAAAACAAUAUUUCAGUAUUUGAGGUUGAUGGCAAUGUCAGCACUAUCUACUGCCAGAAUUUGUGCUUGUUAGCCAAACUCUUCCUGGACCAUAAGACUCUGUAUUAUGAUGUGGAGCCAUUUCUUUUCUACGUGCUGACACAGAAUGAUGUCAAGGGCUGUCACCUUGUUGGCUACUUUUCUAAGGAAAAACACUGCCAACAGAAGUACAAUGUUUCCUGUAUAAUGAUUCUUCCACAAUACCAGCGUAAGGGCUAUGGCAGGUUCCUAAUUGACUUCAGCUAUUUGCUUUCAAAGCGUGAGGGUCAAGCAGGAUCACCAGAGAAGCCCCUGUCAGACCUGGGGCGCCUCUCAUAUAUGGCUUAUUGGAAAAGUGUAAUAUUGGAGUGCCUUUAUCAUCAACGUGACAAGCAGUUAAGCAUCAAGAAAUUGAGCAAGCUGACUGGAAUCUGCCCUCAAGAUAUCACUUCCACUCUGCAUCACCUACGAAUGCUCGACUUCCGUAGUGAUCAAUUUGUGAUCAUUCGUCGGGAGAAACUUAUCCAGGAACAUAUGGCAAAGCUUAGAACUCAUGUCCGACCAAUAAAUGUAGAUGCAGAAUGUCUGCGUUGGACACCUGUUAUAGUUUCCAACUCAGUUGUCUCUGAAGAUGAAGAAGAGGAAACAGAGGAUGGGGAAAAUGAAGAGCAACAACAGCAGAAGGAAAAGGAUCCAGAGACAAGUAUGGCAAAAUCUGUGUCAUGGGAGAAGAAAGAGCAAGAGCCUUACUCACCUACAGAGAGUGAAAAAAAGCCAGACAUUGUUGCUCCAGCCAACUCUGCACGGCCCAACAAGCACAUUUUUCCCCUGGAGAAUCUUCCUGUAAACAGUCAGCCGUCACGAAGAGGUCGAUGGAACCGCAAGGGCAAGAAACUUCGGGAGCCCUUUUCCACACGAGGCCGUUGCAGUGACUGUGAGGAGAAGUCAGCAGCCUUGCAAGGAAGGUGUGGUGAAUGUGAGGAGAAGUCUCCAACCCCAAGAGGCCGUUAUGCAGAAGAUGAGGAAAAAUCUGCAGUUUCCCAGGGACAGUAUGGCAAAGGUGAAAAGUCUCCAAUUCCCCAUCGGCGUUAUAGCGAAGGUAUGGAAAGGUGGAGAGGGCAGUUGAAAAAGAACACGGAGCCACCAAAGUGCAGAUUCCAGGAGGACUGUGACAGGCUACCCCGCCGCUACAGCGAUAGCGACAGGGCACUUUUGAGGUGUUUUAGUGAGAGUAGUGAAGAGGAAGAUGAUGAGCCUGUGAGUCCUCGGUCAAGCUCUCCACCUGUUCUCACAAAGCCAACAUUAAAACGAAAGAAACCAAUUCUUCAUCGGAAGCGUAAGCACCACAACAGCAGUGUUGUUACUGAAACCAUCUCAGAAACCACAGAAGUGCUGGAUGAACCAUUUGAGGACUCAGACUCUGAAAGACCAAUGCCUCGCUUAGAGCCUACAUACGAGAUUGAGGAAGAGGAAGAGGAGGAGGAGGAUGAAGAGGAGGAGAAUGAACUUCUGCCCAGUGGAUACUUUCGGCACUUAGCCCCACAAGACACACUCAGGCAUAGACCCUCUUCUAAGAGGAAGUCCAAAGAUGAGGAGGAGUUUGAUGACACUAAUGGUAUGUUUGGUAACCCAACUUUGAAACCAUUAUCUAUGCUGAGAAAAUGUGAAGCAAAGGAUUCUUCACUCAAGCCAGAUACUUCUACACCCAUGAAAAAGAAGAAAGGAUGGCCAAAAGGGAAAAGCCGAAAACCAGUCCACUGGAAGAAGAGACCUGGUCGAAAACCAGGUUUUAAACUGAACCGGGAAAAGGAGCCACCAUCAGUUCAGGGUGAUGGAGUUGAUGCAGCAGUAGCUAAUUCAAAACCAGGGCGUAAGCCCAAAAUUUCAGAUGAAGAAGAAAGUGUUGAGCAGAAAGAAGAGCAGCCUCUUACUGAGGAAAGGAAAGAGGAAGAUGUGAAUAUGGAAACAGAAGAGGUAGGAGAGGGAGAAGAGGAAGAUGUAGCCAGCAGUGAAGUAAGAGCUAUUUCUCCUGUGGACAGCAACAGCAGUCCAGGGCCGGAAGUAAAAGAGCCUGAGAUAGAAGAGGAGGUAGAGGAAAAGCCACGGGUUUUAGAAGAGCAAAGGCAAUCAGAGGAAGAACAGCAAGAACUAGAUGAACCUGAACAUGACCAUGAGGAAGAAGAGGAAGUUACAGUAGUGACAAAUCAAAAUGAAGAUCAUGAUGCUGAUGAUGAAGAUGAUGGUCAUCUGCAGUCUGUGAAGAAAAAAGAAUUGGAGGAACAGCCGAUUAGAGAAGGGGUGAAGGAGGAGCCUCAGGUACAAGAAUGUUUUUUAGAAACAAGCAUACCAAACAGUAGAGAAGAUACAAAAGAAAAAGAUGAAGCAGAGGCAGAUUCUGAGGAGGAGCAGGCUUCCAAUGAGACAUCAGUGGGCUCAGAGCACGUCCCUGGGUCUGAAGAUGAUCACGAAGAAGAGCAAAGUAAUAAAGAAGGGUUAACUGAACUAAAGGAAGAGGAAAUUUCACAUAGUGAACUAGAUCUUGAAACUGUUCAAGCAGUCCAGUCCUUGACACAGGAGGAAAGCAACGAGCAUGAUGUAGCCUACCAGGACUGUGAAGAAACUCUUGCAGCUUGCCAAACGUUGCAGAGUUACACCCAGACUGAGGAGGAUCCUCAGAUAUCAAUGGUUGAAGAUUGCCAGGCCUCAGAACACAACAGUCCAAUAUCUUCUGUUCAGUCCCACCCCAGUCAGUCUGUACGUUCUGUCAGCAGCCCAAAUGUGCCUGCUCUGGAGAGCAGUUACACCCAGAUAAGUCCUGAACAAGGAUCCCUGUCCGCACCCUCUAUGCAGAACAUGGAGACCAGCCCCAUGAUGGAUGUGCCUUCAGUAUCGGACCACUCUCAGCAGGUGGUGGAUAGUGGCUUCAGUGACCUUGGCAGCAUUGAGAGCACUACAGAGAAUUAUGAAAAUCCCAGCAGCUAUGAUUCCACUAUGGGAGGCAGCAUUUGUGGAAAUAACUCUUCCCAGAGCAGCUGUUCAUAUGGAGGACUGUCAUCUUCUAGCAGCCUCACUCAGAACAGCUGUGUUGUCACUCAGCAAAUGGCAAACAUUGGCAGCAGUUGCAGCAUGAUGCAGCAAAACAGUGUCCAGCCUGCAGCAAACUGCAGUAUCAAGUCACCUCAGAGCUGUGUGGUAGAAAGGCCUCCAAGUAACCAGCAACCAACAACACAGCCACAGCAGCAACAGCCUCAGUCACAGCAGCCACAGCCCCCACCUCCACCCCAGCAGCAACCUCCACUGUCUCAGUGUAGCAUGAACAACAGCUUCACUCCAGCACCUAUGAUCAUGGAAAUACCUGAAUCAGGAAGCACUGGUAACAUAAGUAUCUAUGAGAGGAUUCCAGGGGAUUUUGGUGCUGGGAGCUAUUCACAACCGUCAGCCACAUUCAGCUUAGCCAAGUUGCAGCAGCUGACAAACACCAUUAUGGACCCUCAUGCCAUGCCUUAUAGCCAUUCUCCUGCUGUGACGUCCUAUGCAACCAGCGUUUCUCUGUCCAAUACAGGAUUGGCUCAGCUCGCUCCCUCUCACCCAUUGGCAGGGACAGCACAAGCACAAGCCACUAUGACACCCCCACCAAACCUGGCGUCCACCACCAUGAACCUCACAUCGCCUCUGCUCCAGUGCAACAUGCCUGCCACCAACAUUGGCAUCCCACACACACAGAGGCUGCAGGGGCAGAUGCCAGUCAAGGGGCACAUCUCCAUUCGCUCCAAGUCCGCCCCGCUGCCCUCUGCACCCGCACACCAGCAGCAGCUCUACGGUCGCAGCCCGCCUGCAGUCGCCAUGCAGGCUGGUCCUCGCACCUUGGCUGUUCAACGGGGCAUGAACAUGGGAGUCAACCUAAUGCCAACCACGCCCUACAACGUUAACUCCAUGAAUAUGAACACCCUGAAUGCCAUGAACAGCUACAGGAUGACACAGCCCAUGAUGAACAGCAGUUACCAUAGUAACCCUGCCUACAUGAACCAGACAGCACAGUAUCCUAUGCAGAUGCAGAUGGGAAUGAUGGGAAGCCAGGCCUAUACCCAGCAGCCUAUGCAGCCAAAUCCUCAUGGAAACAUGAUGUAUACUGGCCCCUCCCAUCACAGCUACAUGAAUGCUGCUGGGGUACCCAAGCAGUCUCUCAAUGGACCAUACAUGAGAAGAUGAGCAAGAUGAACUUGCAUCCUAAAAACUGAAAUAUAUAUAAAUAAAGGAACCUUUUAUACUGACGAACCAGAGAAAAUGGACCUUUUUCCAGUUAAAAUAUUGCUGUAGAUUUAGAGGGAUUUUCUUUGGUUUAUUUUAUUUUUUAGGAAGCCUGGUCUUUAUUUUUUGGAUUUUUGUUUUGUGUUUUUAUUUUCUUCACAAUCCUGAAACAAUUUACAGCUAAAAUCAUUUACAGAUGUUUUUUAGAGGGGAAAACAUGCACAAAAUCUUUUCAUAAUUUAAAAAGAGCCUUACUUUGCUGACAAUGUGGACAGAGUAUGUGUACCAGUGAAAUAAUCUUUCUAAAUUUUUUUUUUUUUCAAAUGUAUGUCCUUCUCCCUUGUGCCCCUCUAUGCGGUUUCUACUGCUGCAGUCAUGUAAAAUGUUUGACAUCUCAAAGAGUAACAACCCUUCUCUCUAAACCCCACCUGGUAUUUCCUACUUCUAGCAGGAGGCACUUAUUGCGGGACUUUGGAAGGGGACACAGAGGAUAAAUGAAGCUCUUUAUUUCUGCGAGUCAGGACAAAUUUUUAAUCUUUAAUCUUCCCUGACACCCUCGCCCUCAGUAAAAUUGGAGUUACGUGUAAACAAUAAACUAUUCACAUUGGUGUUUUUGUAGAUGAGUUAAUUGAAAUUGUAUGUUUUAUGC